AUGCCAGAACUCCCAGAAGCAGAACGUGCAACUAGACUGCUUCAGAAAUAUCUCAAAGAUGGACUCAUAACCGCAGUAGACACUAUAGAAGACAAUAUUGUCUACUCCGACAUCUCACAUGAAGAGUUCGCAAAAGAACUCACGAACCGCACCGUCUUAAACGCUCACAGAUACGGCAAAGUCUUCUGGCUAGAACUGGAUGCGCCUACAGAAGAAUCCCGACAUCCCGUAUUUCAUCUGGGGAUGACAGGAAUGAUCCAGCUUCAAGGGCAAGAGCCGGUAUGGUACCGUGUCCGGCCAAAAGACGCCAGUGCAUGGCCGCCGAGAUUCAUGAAAUUUAUCAUACAUGUCACACCUCCCUCAGGCCCUGCUGUUCACGUCGCCUUCACCGAUGCACGCCGUCUUGGCCGGAUCCGUCUACGCAGUAAUCCAUGCGCCCAGCCACCCAUCAUCGACUUGGGAUUCGACCCACUCCUGUCAAUGCCAUCCCUUCCCACCUUCUCUUCCCUCAUGCUCAAACGCAACAUGCCUAUCAAAGCACUCCUUCUAGACCAGUCUUUCUCCGCCGGCGUGGGCAACUGGGUGGCGGAUGAGGUUCUCUUCCAUGCCCGUAUUCAUCCUGAAACGAGAGCCAACGAGUUACGACCAGAGGAGGUAAAGAGAGUGUGGGAGAAAGUGAGGUGGGUGUGCGAAGUCGCAGUUGGGGUGGACUCGGAUGGGAGCAGGUUCCCCAGCGAUUGGUUAUUUCGAUUCCGUUGGGGCAAAGGGAAAAAGAGCACGGGGAAGCUCCUCCUACCCGACGGGCGGGAAGGGACGAUACGAUGGAUCACAGUCGGUGGGAGAACGAGUGCGUACGUUGAGGAGGUCAAAGAACCGGAUGUAGAGGAGGAAAAGAAUGCGGAGGAAGAACUAGUCUUACAGAGGAAAGUAGCAAAGGUCUGCCCUAUGCCUUUCCAGAACCUCGAUCCAUACUGA